AGAGGGUUUUCCACCUGGGAGAUACCUGCCUGUUGUAGAAGAAACCUCCACCAAAGCGUUCAUACAGAAAGCACACGUCCAACUAAUGGCAGAAAUCAAUUGCACCCAAGUGACUGAGUUCAGCCUAAUGGGGUUCACAGAGGAGCCAGUGGCUCAGGUCACCCUCUUUCUGAUGUUUCUACUCAUCUAUCUUUUCACCAUCCUGGGGAACCUGGGGAUGAUCGCAUUAAUCAGGGCCAGCCCUCAGCUCCACUCCCCCAUGUAUUAUUUCCUGGGCAACCUGGCUUUUGUAGACCUCUGUUCUUCCACCGGCAUCACCCCCAAGAUGUUGGUUGACUUAAUGUCAGAGAAGAAGGGCAUUGCUUAUGUGGGGUGCGUGGCCCAGGUUUUCAUUUUUGAUCUUUUUGGGAUGACUGAAUGCUUCCUGCUGGCGAUGAUGGCGUAUGACCGUUACAUGGCCAUUUGCCAUCCCCUGGUGUAUCCCCUUGUCAUGUCCCCAAAAUACUGUUUCCAGCUGGUGACAGGGUCGUAUCUCAUGGGGUUGACCAAUGGCAUGGGACAGACUAUCUGCAUGUCCAGUUUAUCAUUCUGCGGCUCCAGAGUCAUCGACCUGUUCUUCUGUGACAUUUCCCCUCUGAUAUCACUCUCGACCUCCAACACCACCUUCAGCCGCAUUAUCCUAACAACUUCAGCAUCUUUAUUCGGCCUGUCCAGCGGCCUGAUUGUCCUGGUCUCCUACGUGGCCAUCAUCUCUGCCAUCCUGAACAUCCGUUCAGCUGAGGGCAUGCGCAAAGCCUUCUCCACCUGUGCCUCCCACAUCACCACGGUGAGCAUCUUCUACGGGACGUCCCUUUUUGUGUACUUAAAGCCCAGCUCAGACAGCUCGAGAGACGACAAAUGGGCUGCAGUGGUCUACACGGUGGUGACUCCCAUGCUGAACCCCUUGAUCUACAGCCUGAGGAAUAAGGAGGUGAAAGAGGCCUUGAGGAGGCUCACAAAACCAAAAUGA